AUGGCUCAGAGUGACCGCAGCCGUCCAGGCGUGGGGAGUGAACAGACUCGGAGGCUGCAGGCAGGGCAGCUGCUGCUGUUCUUUCGAGGCAGGGCUGCUGGUGACCAGCGUUGUCCUCAGGCCCUGUUCUUCUGGGCCAUGCACAUCACGGAGACUCUGCACCGGAACAUGUAGGUGCUGUUCAGCCCUGUGGCCGAGGCUGAGGAGCAGCAGCCACACCUGCGUGGCUGAGCCAUGCAGCGUGGGGCCCGCUGUCUGGCUGAGUACCAUGUGGGCGGUUAUGGGUGCUGGGUAGUGGACACGGUGGAUAUCCAGGCCGUGGUCGGGGUCAUCGGUUUUGGCCAGGCAGCUGCCAUGCAGGUAGAGCCCCUGCGCAGCCUGAACAGCGAUGGCUUCUGGCCCAUCCCGCCUCCGACUCGGCCGUUCACUCUGGAGAAAGGCGUUUUGAGUUCCAAUCAGGUGAUCCAUCGCAUCCUCCAAGGGAAAAUCACUGGUGCUUUGAACUCCCAUUUGCACAUCCUGACGUUUGAAGGGUUUAAAUAA